AUGCCCCUUUUGGAGGGAAGUCGAUUUACAGGGUUCUAUGGACAUCCGAAAGUUCAAAGACGCUCUGAUUUCUGGGAACUCAUGAGAAGACUUUCCUGCUGUGGUAUAGAAGAGCUACCUUGGAUUAUGGAGGGUGACUUCAACGAAGUUCGCUGCCAGGCUGAUUGCUGCCAAAGAAGUCGGCGACCGUGGAGUCAAAUCGAGAGCUAUAACCGAGCUCUUAAGUACUGCGGACUGAAACCGCUUCCAUGCGAUUUAAAGUUCACUUGGCACAAUCAACGUAAGGGUGAAGAUGUGCGUUGGCUGCGCCUGGACAGAUUUGUUGGCAACAGGUCUGCUUUUGACUUGAUGGAGCUUAGGAUGGUGAAGGGGCUUGAUACUCAUCGCUCGGACCACAACCCGCUGCUCCUUGAUUUUUGUGUUAAAGAUCUGAUGACGGAAGAAAUGAAUGGAGACAAACGCUUCUAUUUUGAGCAUAAGUGGCUGCUCGACAAAAAAUUUCCUGCAGACUUUCUUUGGGCGAAAAAGAAAUUUGAAUCUCCCACGAGAGAAUUAGCUAAGCUAAGGCAGCAACGUCUUAAGCUUUUGAAGACCGGGGCUGAAUCCAAGAAUUUUCAUAAAGAACUCUACAAACUCAACAAAGAGAUCGAAAAGAUGACUGAGGCGGAGGAAAUCCAUUGGAAACAACGCUCACGGACGAGCUCACCCAGCCCCAAACUGAUCUCGAAGGUUUCGGAGAUCACGACAACCUUCUUCGGAAAGGCGAUACAAGAGCAGAUGGGUUCGAACUUCACUGAGCAUAAAGUCAAAAAAGCUGUCUUCGAGAUGCACCCGAAUAAGGGAUUUUCGUCAUUGCUGAGAAGUUAUGAGAAUCAAGGACUAUUUAGCGGCAUCUCCCUCGCCCGUUUUCGCUCGACGAUCACUAAUCUCUUCUUCACCGACGACAGCCUCAUUUUCUUUAAGGCGAACGAAGAGGUAGCAAAGGGUUUUAAAGAAGUCCUCCAUAUUUAUGAAUCGGCCUCUAGUCAAGUGAUAAACCUCGACAAAUCAACUGUCUCUUUUAGCCCAAACACGAAGCAAAGCAAUAUUGAUGGAGUACUCCAACAGCUGGGUAUUUGCGAAUCGCAGGGGCACGCCAUGUACCUCGGCUUGCCCACUUUCAUUCUCAAGCAAAAAAAGAUCCAAUUCGAGUACUUACGCGAUCGGAUCUUUAAAAAGUUGCAAGGGUGGGACAACAAACUCUUUUCUGCAGGAGGAAAGGAGGUUCUCAUCAAGUCGGUACUUCAAUCCAUCCCUACCUAUGCUAUGGCGUGUUUUUGCUUGCCGGUUGGGAUCUGCUCGGAUAUCCAAAAGGCAUGUUGUGAUUUUUGUUGGGGAGCUAACGAGAAAGGAAAGAAUAUUCACUGGGCUUCUUGGGAUCGCCUCUGCAAACCAAAAGCUAGAGGUGGGGUGGGCUUCCGAAAAUUAUGUGCAUUCAACCAAGCCCUCCUCGCUAAGCAAGUUUGGCGGCUGCUAAAAAAUCCGAACACUCUAUUCGGGAGAGUUUUAAAGCAAAGAUAUUUCAGAGAAGGAAACUUGAUGGAGGCCAAGGUUGCUGAUUUUAUCUCUACUGAUCGGCAGUGGAAUAAAGACAAACUCUCGGAGGUCUUCCCCGCUUUUCUGGUACCCGCUAUCUGCACAAUUGAUAUUCCGCACGAACCGAAAAGUGAUACCUUCUUUUGGGGCUUUGAUGAAAUGGGGCGCUACUCCAUUAAAUUUGGGUACCUGUGCACUACAGAUUUUUAUACCACUCCGGAAAAUGUGUCUUCUUCCUAUGAUGAACACUGGUGGAAGAAGGUGUGGAGUUUGCACGUCCCACCUAAAGUUAAACAUUUUUGCUGGCGAGCUCUCAAUAAUUUAGUGUCGGUUGAUGCUAUUCUCGCUAGCCGGCAUAUUCCGGUCUCUGGCAUUUGCUCAUGGUGUAGGAGAGACUGGGGAACUAUUGUUCAUUGUCUGAUUUCGUGUGAUAGGGUCCGAGAUGCUUGGAAGAAUACGGGGUUUUGGGAAGAUAUCGGUCCUUUGGUGCACUUGUCCCUGCGUGAUCUCAGCGGUGUGGUGCUGGAUCGAAAGGGUAUUGAAGGUCUUGAACUUUGGUGCUUUCAGCUGUGUUUUGUUUGGAAAAAGUUUGUGUGA